AUGGCUCAGCUCGGCAUUAUUCCUGGUGAAACAUUCAAUUGGAACAAUCUGAGUCGUAAACUUCAAAAUGCCAUCAAGCCAGUUCCUAAACUUGCUUUUCACAAAAUCAUAUCUUUCGAAAGUAAAUCUGGCAGAAAUCAAAACGGUUGGAUAUUUCCAAAAAUUCCUAACCACUAUGGUACUAAUUAUCUUCUCCGCGCAUUCAUUGCUGCUUAUGGAUGGCCAGGUAACCUGCCCGACGAUGCUAUCUAUCUAUACACUAAUGUCGAUUCAAAUGGAAAGAAGUUGUCAGGAAGAUACAACUAUACGCUCCGUUUUCCAAAAGAUCAAACACCGCCUAUCAAAGCAUUUUGGUCCAUUACUAUGUACGACCCCGAAUAUUUCUUUACACCCAAUGCAUUAAACAAAUUUACAUUGAGUCCUCGAGAUCCAUUGAUUUACAAUACCAAAGAUGGAUCACUUGAUCUUUAUUUUCAGCACGUGGCUCCUGAAGAAAGCAAACAAUCUAAUUGGUUGCCAAGUCCUCAAGGCAAUUUUGUUCUGAUGCUCCGAAUGUAUUGGCCGCAGAUACAAAAUUCAUCGUGGACAGUUCCACCUGUGAAGAAGGUAUAA